GGGAUGGAAACAGGCUGAGGGUAGAGGAUCAACAUGGCAGACCCGGAUGUCUCAAUGCAGAGUGGGGGCUAUGAUGUGGAGCUGUUUGUGGACGCCCCAGACUAUGACCUGAUCUGCACCAUUUGUCAAGGGGUCCUCAGGUGUCCCGUAAGAAGUGCAUGCCACCACAUCUUCUGCAAGAAGUGCAUCUUACAAUGGCUGAAAAGGGACUGAUGAGUAUUUAUUCUGUGCAGACAGGAGACCUGCCCCUGCUGCAGGAAGCCCGUGAACCCUAACUUGAUCUUUGUCAUGUUCAAACUGAGUAAAUCUAUUGGGCGCAUGAAGAUCAAGUGUAAAAAUGAGAUCCGUGGUUGUGCAGAGACCUUCCCGCUCUCAGAGCAGUACUGCCACAGCAUGAGCUGCCUGUACGAGCUCGUCCCCUGUCCGUACCAGGGCUGCAGGGCGCAGCUUCUCCGCAGGGACCUGGACACCCACGCACGCCACUGUGAGCACUGGCGUCAGCCCUGCCACAUGGGCUGUGGAACCAUACUCACCCACCACACCCAGGCUCAGCACAACUGCUACAAGCAGCUGAGGCAGGAGUAUGAGGAAAGGCACAAGAACCACAGGGCCAUUGCUGUCACCUUACAGAGGAAGAUGAAGAGGUUGCAAAGCACCAUGGCCCACAUGAAGAGGCAGAUUGGGCUGAUCUGUGAGAGCCUGGAGGUGAUGGAUGACUUGCAUGAGGUGGUGGAGGAGGAAGAGCUUGGGGAAAGCAGCGGUAGCCCUGGUGGGACUCCUAGCAGCAGCAACAGUUAAAAUAGGAUGAUGCUGCUGUUUGUUGGCUACUUGUGUUUAUUUUCUGAAGAUGUGUGUAUUUAAACAUAGGAACUGGCUUAAAAUGUGUGAUUCUUUAGCAUUGGCGUACUGUAAGUUUAUUUAUUUUGUAAAUAAAAUAUUUAACAUUAAGUAUCAUGCAUUGAUUUAAAAGA